CGGGGCCGUGCAGCGCCGGGAGGCCGCCCGGGCCCGCGGAGCUUUUGGGCGGCAGCGGGACCACAACCGGGCCCGCGCGCGUCACGUCGGGGCCGCGGCCGCCCCCGCCCCGGAAGGACAAGGGGGCUCUGGGAACAUGGCCGCGGCGGCGGGAGCCGCUCCGGUGUGUGUGCUGGUGCUGGGCAUGGCCGGCUCCGGAAAAACCACCUUCGUGCAGCGCCUGGCCGCCCACCUACACGGGCAGCGCUGCCCUCCGUACGUGAUCAACCUGGACCCUGCCGUGCACAGCCUGCCCUUCCCUGCCAACAUCGAUAUCAGGGACACUGUGAAGUACAAAGAGGUCAUGAAGCAAUACGGGCUGGGCCCAAACGGCGGCAUAGUGACCUCUCUCAAUCUCUUUGCUACCAGAUUUGACCAGGUGAUGAAGUUUAUUGAAAAAAGACAAAAUGCAUCUAAGUAUGUUAUUAUUGACACACCAGGGCAAAUUGAGGUAUUUACCUGGUCAGCAUCAGGAACCAUCAUAACGGAGGCCUUGGCCUCCUCUUUCCCUUCAGUUGUUGUCUAUGUGAUGGACACCUCUCGCAGCACCAACCCCAUCACCUUUAUGUCCAACAUGCUCUAUGCCUGCAGUAUCCUGUACAAGACAAAGCUGCCUUUCAUCGUAGUUAUGAACAAAACUGACAUAAUCGACCACAGUUUUGCAGUAGAAUGGAUGCAGGACUUUGAGACUUUUCAGGAUGCCCUGAAUCAAGAGACCUCCUAUGUCAGUAACCUGACUCGUUCCAUGAGUUUAGUAUUGGAUGAAUUUUACAGUUCACUGAAGGGCACGGCGGCUGCCGGUGCCGCCCGCGGCCCCCCGGCGGCCCUUGCGCACCACCUCCCAGCGGCCGGGAGCGGCGCCGCCCGGACCCGGCCCGGGGCCGCUUUCGCCGCCGCCAUCGAGACCCGGAGCGCCACGGGCGGCGCCGGGCCGGGGCCAGGACGCGUGCGCGCACCGCCGCCGCUGAUUGGCUGCGCCCUGGGAUACGCGCCGCUCGUGCCGGCUGCCACGUCCCCGCCCCGCCUCGCCGGGGAACGUGACAGGGCGGGCACGGCCCCGCCCACCCGAGGGGCGGGAUCAGAGGGCACCGCCUCCUCUGAGACCCCGCCCACAGAGCGGCCUCUAUGGCGGGAAGGAGGCGGGGCUUGA